GGUAGGAGCUCCUCGGGAAAAGGCCUUUCCAUCCCAGCAAGCCAACAGAACGGGAGGGUUGUACAGCUGCGACAUCACAUCUCCAAACGCACGCUGCACACGUGUGGUGUUUGAUGAGGAGACUGACCCGAAGAUGGAGAGUAAAGAAGACCAGUGGAUGGGUGUAACUGUCCAAAGUCAGGGGCCAGGAGGAAAUGUCGUGACAUGUGCGCAUCGCUAUGAGAAAAGGCAGUAUGUAAACACAGUGCAGGAAACCCGGGAUAUCAUUGGAAGGUGCUAUGUGCUGAGCCAGGAUCUCACUAUUAAGGAUGAUAUGGAUAAUGGAGUAUGGAGCUUUUGUGAUGGUCGUUUAAGAGGCCAUGAGAAGUUUGGUUCCUGUCAGCAAGGUGUUGCUGCUACUUUUACCAGAGACUAUCAUUAUAUUGUGUUUGGUGCCCCAGGCACUUACAAUUGGAAAGGGGUGGUUCGUGCAGAGCAAAAGAACCAGACGUUUUAUGAUCUGGGUAUCUUUGAUGAUGGGCCUUAUGAAGUUGGUGAUGAGAGCCGCCAAGAUAAGAAUCUAGUUCCUGUUCCAGCUAACAGUUACUUAGGUUUCUCUUUGGACUCUGGUAAAGGAAUUGUCUCCCAAGAUGAGAUGACUUUUGUGUCUGGUGCCCCAAGAGCCAACCACAGCGGAGCAGUUGUUUUACUGAAAAAAGAGAAAAAUCAGAGAGCACUUUCACUUGAGCACAUGUUUGAAGGAGAAGGGCUGGCCUCUUCUUUUGGCUACGAUGUUGCUGUUGUGGAUCUCAACAGUGAUGGAUGGCAAGACAUUGCUGUUGGAGCCCCGCAGUAUUUUGACAGAAGUGGAGAUAUCGGUGGUGCUGUGUACAUCUACAUUAACCAGAAAGGCAAAUGGGAAGGCGUAAAACCUGUUCGCUUAAAUGGAACCGCUGACUCCAUGUUUGGUCUUGCAGUUGAAAAUGUUGGGGACGUUAAUCAGGAUGGAUACCCAGAUAUUGCAGUAGGGGCUCCAUAUGACGGUUUUGGCAAAGUAUACAUUUAUCAUGGAUCCAAGAAUGGAAUAAAUACAAAACCAGCACAGAUUCUUGAUGGUGAAAAAACAGGCACCAAUUUCUUUGGUUACUCUCUUGCUGGAAACAUGGACCUGGAUAAAAAUUCCUACCCUGAUAUUGCUGUUGGUUCCCUUUCAGAUUCUGUAUCUGUGUUCAGAUCUCGGCCUGUGAUAAGCAUUAGAAGAAGUAUUACAGUACAGCCUGACAAAAUUGAUCUAAAGAAAAAGAACCCUGAGGACCCUAGUGAAAUAUGGAUGGAUGUGAAAGCAUGUUUUCAAUAUACUGCAAACCCCAGUGAUUUAAAUCCAAGAAUAAAGAUCAACUAUACAUUUGAAGCAGAAAAUGAGAGAAGGCAGCUAGGCCUGCCGUCCAGGGUACGGUUUAAAGACCACCAGUCCGAUCAGUUUACUGCAAGCACAACUCUAAGGGGGCAGAACUCUAAAGAGUGUGUGGCAACCAAGCUUGUACUGCAGGAAAAAAUUAAAGAUAAGCUACGCCCCAUUCCAAUAUCAGUCAGUGUUAAAAUUGCUGGCCUGGAGUCUAGCUCACCAUCCACAAGAAGAGAAAGAGCACUUCCGGAUCUUAUACCAAUUCUAAAUUCAAAUGAAUCUGAAACAAAGACCACAAAAGUGGAGUUCUUAAAAGAAGGAUGUGGAGAAGACAAUGAAUGUCACAGCAAUCUGAAACUUCAGUACCGGUUUUGCUCUAGAGAAGGAAAUGAAGACAGGUUUACUUAUUUACCAAUUGAAAAUGGCACGCCAGUGCUUGUUCUGAAAGAUCAGAAGGAUAUUGCCCUGGAAAUAACAGUGACAAACAAUCCCUCUGAUGCAAAAAAUCCACAGAAAGAUGGUGAAGAUGCAUAUGAAGCUAAACUAAUUGCAACUUUUCCAGACAGUCUGACGUAUUCCGCAUUCAGGGAGAUGAAAGGUUAUCCUGAAAAGCAGCUAACGUGUGGAGCUAACCAGAAUGGUUCUCAAGCAGAGUGUGAGCUUGGAAAUCCCUUCAAAAGAAAUUCCAACGUAACGUUUUAUUUGAUCUUAAGCACCACUAAAGUGAAUGUUGAUACAACAGACUUGGACAUUAAUCUGAAGUUGGAAACAACGAGCACUCAAGUUAAUUCGACACCAAUUAUAGCUAGUGCUAAAGUGGUUCUUGAAUUGCUUUUAUCGCUCACUGGAGUUGCUAAGCCUUCUCAGGUGUAUUUUGGAGGCAACAUCGUUGGUGAGAGUGCUAUGAAAUCUGAAGAUAAUAUUGGAAACCUCAUAGAGUAUGAGUUCAGAGUAACUAACUUGGGCAGACCACUGAAAACCUUUGGUACCGCUUCCCUGGACAUCCAAUGGCCAAAAGAAAUUAGUAAUGGCAAAUGGCUGCUUUAUUUGAUGAAAAUAGAUUCGAAAGACUUGGAGAAAGUCUCCUGUCAACCUGAGAGUGAAAUCAAUAGUCUACAUGUUGCG